UUUGACACGAUGGACGUGAUCACAAUUCCCAAAGUACAGUAGAAAGAUUCCACAAAGUAGAUUAAGGAAUCAAAUCAGUACGAAAAAUCAAAACACACUCAACAACCUCUCUCUGUCUCUCUCUAACACAAGACAUCAUCAUCUUCUUCUUCGUGUCUCUCUAUUUUCUCCUUACCAAAUCUUCUCUUCUAUCAAAUCCUUAUUGAAAUGGCUCAGCAUCUGAAAUCUUCAUCGAAAUCGAUUUUACUCAACAUUCUCAGACAUAACAUCGGGUUCAGUUCUCCAAGCCAUGCGUCUCGCCAUCUCCGCCACAACCUACCGCAUGGUCCUCUUAGUACGCGACUCGCACCAAAUUUAAUCACUCGUUAUUGUAACACCAUGGUGGAUACGCUCUCAAGUAUUGGUUCACACGAAGACACCAAUAGUCAGGUCAUGGAUUUCCCUGGAGGAAAAGUAGCUUUCACACCUGAGAUCCACUUCAUAUCAGAAUCCAACGAAGAGCGUGUGCCUUGCUACCGAGUUCUCGACGACAACGGCCAGCAACUCACCAACAGCCGGUUUAUUCCGGUUAGUAAAGAAAUUGCGGUGAAAAUGUACAGCGAUAUGGUGACUCUUCAGAUGAUGGAUAACAUAUUCUAUGAAGCUCAAAGACAAGGCAGACUCUCCUUUUACGCUACUGCUUUCGGCGAAGAAGCUAUUAAUAUUGCUUCGGCUGCUGCUCUCUCACCUGAUGAUGUCAUCUUCCCUCAGUAUAGAGAGCCUGGUGUUCUACUAUGGCGUGGCUUCACGCUUCAAGAGUUUGCAAACCAGUGUUUUGGGAACAAAUCUGAUUAUGGAAAAGGCAGGCAGAUGCCUGUUCACUAUGGCUCUAACAAGCUUAACUAUUUCACCGUCUCAGCCACAAUAGCUACGCAGUUACCAAACGCGGUUGGUGCUGCUUAUUCCUUAAAGAUGGAUGAGAAGGAUGCAUGUGCGGUCACGUUCUUUGGCGAUGGUGGCUCCAGUGAGGGAGACUUCCAUGCUGCUUUGAACUUUGCAGCUGUGAUGGAAGCACCUGUUUUGUUUAUCUGUCGGAACAAUGGAUGGGCGAUUAGUACUCCAACCUCAGAUCAGUUCCGAAGUGAUGGUGUAGUGGUGAAAGGCCGUGCUUAUGGGAUUAGGAGUAUACGUGUGGAUGGAAAUGAUGCGCUUGCUAUGUACAGCGCGGUGCAUGAAGCUCGCGAGAUGGCGAUUAGAGAACAUAGGCCAAUCUUGAUCGAGGCCUUAACGUAUCGUGUAGGACACCAUUCAACGUCAGAUGACUCCACUAGGUACCGCUCUGCUGAUGAGAUAGAGUGGUGGAACAAAGCAAGAAACCCACUGUCUAGGUUUAGGACUUGGGUUGAGAGUAAUGGCUGGUGGAGUGAUGAAGCUGAAUCUGAUCUGAGAAGCAAGAUAAAGAAAGAGAUGUUAGAAGCUAUCAGGGUUGCGGAGAAGACUGAGAAACCGAAUCUGAAUCACAUGUUCUCAGAUGUGUAUGAUGUUCCUCCUUUGAACCUCAGGGAACAGGAACUUCUGGUGAGGCAGGCGAUCAAAAGUCACCCGCAAGAUUACCCAUCCGAUGUACCUCUUUAGUUUGACACUUAUCAAUGUUGGGAUUGUAAAAUCCCGUGUCCAACUCUAUAUUAUCCGAUUAGUACGAUAUUGUCCACUUUGGGCCUAAUUGGCAAGCCCGCAUGGAUUUACUUUUGGUUUCCAUCCCAAAAGGCCUCGUACUAUUAGAGUUGGACAUCUCUUUAUAUAUUAGACACUCCUUGUCUAAUUCUCCAAUGUGGGACUUAGUUUGUUA